AUGCCGCCAAGAUUCUUCAGGAGAAGAGGAAGAGGCAAGGGGCCAAUCACCGCCCCCAAUGAUAAUGAAGCUGGACCUUCGAAUGCGCGAGCUCCAUCUACCACGGAGAGUGACGAUCCCCAGCAGAACCGGAGGAACCUCUUUGAGCCGGCUAGACGGUCGGUCUCACAAAGUUCAACACCUCCUAACCUUUAUGGGCCACAACCGGAUUAUCAGCCCAACAACCCUCAACCUUCAUACAUACCAUUACAGCGAUCCCUAUCGCAUAACUCUUUUGGUGACCCUACACCAGUUUUUAGGGGCCGGCACGAAUGGUACUAUACACCUCCUCACCACUCAUCGCCUCAGCAGCAGCAACAGCAGCAACAAGAUCCCUCUGAGGAUCCAAGGUUUGUGGUAGUCACGCCACCACCUCUGCCGCCACCAGUUCAACCGGCACCCCCGCAACCGCCAAGACGUAGGAGAACCGGAGCACGUAUGUCUGUGCGAACAGGAGACUUUCAUUUUAGUUCUCCACGCCAAUCAAGUGGCAGCCACUACCCGCCACAUCAAGAAGAUCCACAAAUGGGUGGGCCUUCACACCCAGUUGCACCACAACCACCGCCUAUGGGUUUUGAUAACUCGAUUCCGGCACACACGGGUUCCACGGCGUAUAACCCAUUUGAGCAGCCAGUGCACACCAACUACAACUACGCCGAAGCCGAUCCAUACGUGGUAGCGGCUAACUAUAACACCCAAGGACCCUAUGGAGAUCCAUGGGGAGUAGGGUACCCAACUCAUGGGUACCAGAUACCUGCAAGACCUAUUAUACGGACGCAAUCGCAACCACCAAGGUUUUCUCCGCCUGAGCGUGAAGAAAUUCUGCAAAGGUUGGACUAUGUAGAGCGAGAAUUUCACAGGGAGCGAAGGGAGCGACAAACGUUCUUCCAAGGAUUGACAAGCUUGAUCCAAGGAAAGAGCAAGAAGGACCACUGA